GUUCUCCGCCCCUUCGGCGCCACCACGUGUGUCCCCGAGCUGAGUGGCCAUCCAACUCAAUCCCUCGCCGGCCGGUCUGGGCAGCAGAGGAGGCGAGUAACUGGUAGUCGCUGGAGGCUUCGCUAUGGGAAGUCGUGUGUCUCCGUCAGCCCUGCUCCGUGGUUCUCCGCAGCCGCUGUCGCUGGAGAACACCCGGAGGCGCGGGUUCCAAGCGCGCCUGCUUCUCCCCGCCCGGGCGCCCGCGCCCCUGGGCAGGUGCUGAGCGCCUUCCCGAGCCUCCCCUGCCGCCUCCCUCUUCCGCCCGGCCGCCCGGCUGCUGCAGUGCACAUGGGCUGCUGGAGGUAGAUGGGCUCCCCGCCCGGGAGGCGGCGGUGGAUGCGGCGCUGGGCAGAAACAGCCACCGAUUCCAGCUGCCGUGGGGCCGCGCGCUCCGGGCGCCCCUGCGAGCCCCAGGCUCGGCCAUGGGGACCUCGGCUAGCAGCACCACCGCCCUCGCCUCUGGCAGCCGCAUCACCGGCCAAGUCGGAGCCACGAUGGUCGCCGGCUCCCUUCUCCUGCUGGGAUUCCUCAGCACCAUCACAGCUCAGACAGAACAAAAGACUCCGAGUCUCACGGGCACAUACCGCCAUGUUGACCGUACCACUGGCCAGGUGCUAACCUGUGACAAGUGUCCAGCAGGAACGUAUGUCUCCGAGCACUGUACCAACGUGAGCCUGCGAGUUUGCAGCAGUUGCCCUGCGGGGACCUUUACCAGGCAUGAGAACGGCAUAGAGAGAUGCCAUGACUGUAGUCAACCAUGCCCAUGGCCGAUGAUUGAGAGAUUUCCUUGUGCUGCCUUGACUGACCGAGAAUGCACUUGCCCACCUGGAAUGCAUCAAUCGAAUGGUACCUGCGCUCCCCACACAGUGUGCCCUGUGGGCUGGGGUGUGCGGAAGAAAGGGACGGAGAACGAGGAUGUGAGGUGCAAGCAGUGUGCUCGGGGUACCUUCUCUGACGUGCCUUCCAGUGUGAUGAAAUGCAAAGCCCACACAGACUGUCUGGGUCAGAACCUGGUGGUGGUCAAGCCGGGGACCAAGGAGACAGACAAUGUCUGUGGCACACGCCUGUCCUCCAGCACAACCUCACCUUCCCCUGGCACAGCUCUUUUUUCUCACCCUGAGCACACGGAACCCCAUGAAGUCCCUUCCUCCACCUAUGAGCCCCAAGGCAUGAACUCAACAGAAUCCAACUCUACUGCCUCUGUUAGACCAAAGCUACCCAGUGGCCUCCAGGAAGGGACAGUCCCCAGCAGCACAAGCUCAACAAGUAGGGAGGAAGGCAUGAACAAGACCCUCCCAGGCCCACCCCAAGUCACCCACCACAGACACAUUCUGAAGCUGCUACCCACAUCCAUGGAGGCCACUGGCGAGAAGUCCAGCACGGCCAUCAAGGCCCCCAAGCGGGGCCAUCCCAGACAGAACCUGCACAAGCAUUUCGACAUCAAUGAGCAUUUGCCUUGGAUGAUUGUCCUCUUCCUCCUGCUGGCGCUGGUGCUGAUCGUGGUGUGCAGCAUCCGCAAGAGUUCUAGGACUCUCAAAAAGGGGCCCCGGCAGGACCCCAGUGCCAUUGUGGAAAAGGCAGGGCUGAAGAAAUCCUUGACUUCGACCCAGAACCGAGAGAAGUGGAUCUACUACUGCAAUGGCCAUGGUAUUGACAUCCUGAAGCUCGUAGCGGCCCAGGUGGGAAGCCAGUGGAAGGACAUCUAUCAGUUUCUUUGCAAUGCCAGUGAGAGGGAGGUGGCUGCUUUCUCCAAUGGGUACACCGCUGACCAUGAACGGGCUUACGCAGCCCUGCAGCACUGGACCAUCCGUGGCCCCGAGGCCAGCCUCGCCCAGCUAAUCAGUGCCCUGCGCCAACACCGACGCAAUGACGUAGUGGAGAAGAUUCGUGGGCUGAUGGAAGAUACUACGCAGUUGGAAACCGACAAACUGGCUCUCCCCAUGAGCCCCAGUCCACUUAGCCCAAGUCCCAUACCCAGUCCUAACGUGAAACUCGAGAAUCCCACCCUCCUGACAGUAGAGCCCUCCCCUCUCGACAAAAACAAGGGCUUCUUCGUGGACGAGUCAGAGCCUCUUCUGCGCUGUGACUCGGCGUCCAGCGGCUCAUCGGCACCGAGCAGGAACGGCUCCUUUAUUACCAAAGAAAAAAAGGACACGGUGUUGCGGCAGGUCCGCCUGGACCCCUGUGACCUGCAGCCCAUCUUCGACGACAUGCUGCACAUCCUGAAUCCCGAGGAGCUGAGGGUGAUUGAAGAGAUCCCCCAGGCUGAAGACAAACUGGACAGGCUCUUUGAGAUCAUUGGGGUCAAGAGCCAAGAAGCCAGCCAGACGCUCCUGGACUCCGUGUACAGCCAUCUUCCGGACCUAUUGUAGAACACAAGGGCACUGCAUUCUGGAAAUCAACCUUCUGGCGGGCUGGUUUCAUUUUGUUUCUGACUUUUGUGUUCUGGUGUGUGCGUGUAUGUAUGUGUUUAACAGAGUAUAUGGCCGGUGCUCGAGUUUGGGGUUUGGGGAUUUUUUUUUUCUUUUUUCUUUUUCUCUUCUUGAAAGGGAAUUUAUAAAGCCUUUUCGAUGUAUAACUGUUGGAAAAUGCCCAUCACUAAAGUUUUUUUUAAGUUCCACAGAUUCUCUGUUUUUGCCUUCUUACAUCUUUUCAAAACUGUUCUGUGCACUUUAAAAACUUACCGUAAAUGCAGUGUGACUUUUCCCACAUGCUGGGUUCUGAGACUUCUUAAAAUCAUGAUGGCAUCUUGUGGCUUCUAUAAGCAAAUACAAGUCUUUCAACAGCCGCACCUACUUUUUCUGUUUUUGUUUUUUUCCUCUUUAUCUUCCUGUUCAUCCUUUCCACGUGUUCUUAAGGACCGAGGGGACUUAAGAUCCUGUCGAUUACUGUAAAGCAGUUACACUUCCAGCUAUCUUUUUCAUAUCUUGAUGUAUAGCUCAUAUUCACGGCUGACACUUGACCACACAUCCGUUGCCGAUUGUACGGUUUCGUCUGGACACCGGACACUGCUUGGUGACUUGUACUCCUCUUAAUGCUCAUGUGCUCUGGGCUGGAGAACGAAAUCUUCAAGUCAUCAGGACUUCGGUGGCUUGACACCUGGGCCACCAAAGAACUUGACCUUCAUCCUUUAGGGACACCUCUGCUGCACCUUGGGAAGUCAACCAAGCCAGUGGCCGCUUUUGCACAGCUUGCUUUGGAAGAUUUUUCUUUCCUCUUUUAAUACACAUAGCCAAUAGGUCCAGUUUGUCCUUGGCCUUGCUGGGUUUUCAUCGCCAAUCACUUUAAUUCAAACUGGCUGCAGCUGUAAGAACUCCUGUCUGAUGAAUUAGUGACUACGCUCUCACUCCUCAACCCACCCUCCGACGCUCAGCUGUCAGGCUCCACCGCAGAGGUGGUGUCGACUGCCUUUGUGUGCGUGGGCUUAGUGGUGAGGAACUGAUAUCAGAAAAAUGCCUUCAAGUAUACUAAUUUAUUAAUAAAUAUUAGGCGUUUGUUACUUGA